UAGAAACGCGGUCGGUGCAUUAAACAAGGCGGCACAGAAGCCGUUUUUUUUACGAUCGUUAUCGCAGGCGGGAGCGGGCAGGGGGCGGCCCGACACCGCCUCCUACGAGGGGGAGGCCCUUUAUAAGGGCUACGGAUACUCUCAGCACGAUUCCUGCGCUAAGAUGCUGCCCGCUGAGGGGUUCGGCCCCGCACACGGGCUCAGCCCCGUACACACCUGCGGGGCCGUGUUGGUGGCUGCGGUGCUGCUGCAGUCCGUCUGCGUGGCCGUCACCUACGUUUACUUCACCAACGAGCUGAAGCAGCUCCGGGACACGUACUCCAGGAGUGGCACUGCUUGUCUGACCGGGGAGGAGCUGGGAGACCUCAUCCAGAACUUGGACGUGGUGGAAAGCAAAGACAGAGUGGCUGACCCCUGCUGGCAAGUGAAGUGGCACCUGGGGAAGUUAAUUAAAAAGAUGAUGUCAAGAAUCCUUCAGGAAAACAUGUCUGCAAUCAAUGGUGACAGGACCCAGGUACUGCCGCGCAGGGAAGAGCCGCUGCAGGGCUCCUCGCUCAGGAUAGCGGCACACCUGACGGGCAGCAGCAAGAGGAGCUCCACAUCCCCACACAUAGAUUACUUGUCCCACAGAGGCAUCGGGCAGAAAAUCCUCAGCUGGGAGUCGUCGAGGAGAGGCCACUCCUUCCUUUACAACGUGGAGCUGUGGAAUGGUGAGCUGGUAGUGCCCCAGACAGGCUACUAUUACAUCUACUCACAGACUUACUUUCGCUUCCGUGAAAGUGAGAAUGAGGACUCGGGUUUGUUGGAACGAAUAAGGAAUCCCAAGCAGCUCGUCCAGUACAUUUACAAACUGACAAAUUACCCAGAUCCCAUUCUGCUCAUGAAAAGCGCAAGAACAAGCUGCUGGUCCAAAAAAGCUGAGUAUGGACUUUACUCCAUCUAUCAGGGCGGGGUGUUCCAGCUGAAAAGGGAGGACAGGAUUUUUGUCUCGGUCAGUAACAGUGAUAUAGUUGACAUGGACAAGGAAGCGAGCUUCUUUGGAGCCUUCAUGAUUGCUUAAAAUACAAAAACUGUGCUCUGGAGGAAGCAAAGCCAGGACCAAUCCAAAAUUAUGUUAAACAGGAUACAAAGCAGACACCAUAACAACAGCAGCAAAACCAGGCUCAUUGUGGUCCACUCAAUCCCUCACUGCCAUGGCCAGAAAGGAGCUUGGUGGCAGCAGGUCAGCAGUGCUUUGUGUGGCAUGAGCUGGGCACGUUGUGUGUAGCCCAGUGCCAUGCUGUGUCCUGCAUGUACCAUGGAGCCGAUGGGGCUGGAGGGAAGGUUCCACCUGUCAACUGCAUCUCUCAUACAAGGAGCCCUCAUAGUCCCCAGUGGAACUAUUCUGGAUAUUUUUGUUGGAAUCAGAGUUUCCCUAAGGGGAAGCUCACACUGCACGUCAUCUCAUCUCCCAAAGCACUUAAGCACCUAAUUAAUUUUAAGCGUACGCAGUCUGACUAAACCUGGGGUAUUUACAUGCUUGAAAUUAAAUAUGUGCUUAAGCAUUUUCCAGGAUCAUGGCUUGAGUAAGCACACCUCUCUCUCCAUCAGUGUAUUGCACGUAAAAGCAGCUGCUGAAAGGGCACAGGAGAGGUUCUGAAAUCAAUCGGUAUUUUGGGAUCAGCACAUUACGGCAGCGCCUAUUUACCUAAUUGCUGCACUGCAAAGAUUUCACCGUGCCUCCAACAGCCUCAGUAAUGCAGUUACACUUGUUGACAGCAAGUACUUGAUGUUAAACAAAAAAGUGUUUUUCUCUAAAUGCUGAAUCCUAUUCGACAUUUGCCACAAAUUGAGCAUGACACAAUUAUUCCGUGUUUACUUGCACUGGCCCGGAUUAUGUAAAGGUGCAAGGCAGAAUGACAGCCUGAUGACUAACGUUUAAGGGAAAACAUACGCAACUAUUCAUGCUUAACCAGCAGCUACAGUUCAGAUAAUGCUAUUUUGAUGCUUAUUUUGUUUGUUGGAAUGGUUGCAAAGCUUUUGUAACUUGUUUGAAGUUUAAACUGACCACUAAUUGUAUGAGCGGGACUGCAGUUGGAUGUGAGUCUUAAGUUGGAUGGGCAUAAAUGAGCCCAUCUGCAGCAGUGUCAUAGGGACAAAGCAGGGGGGAAAAAAAAGGACAAAAAAGGUAGAUGCUUUGUGAGUGCUACUUUCAGUCAACACAGUAUCGCCACGAGAAAACCUGUUUGUUUUUUAAAUAUAUUAAGGUUGCCGUGGGAACCUUCCCAUUCACCUUGCAUUGUGGUAAUUAAAUCACUGUGCACAGAGAGACGUGCAUCCUUCAUCUCCGCUUUGUCAACAAGAGGCACUGAAGGGGCACAAGGGCCAGUGCUCACCUGGGCUUCUCUGGUUGGUCACUUCAAUAGCAGAGACCUUCACAACAGCAGCGUCCUUCAGCAGAGCCCUCCUUUUGUUUUCAGGACAAUGAAACACAGGUGUGAGCCUGAAACAAGUCCAACAUCAGCCUGCUGUUUCAACACAGCAUCAUAUAUAACGAUUUCAAUGGUAAUCAAAUCUGUGAAUCUCUCCAUCGUUUACUAGAGUACAUGGUUUGGAUCCAACUCAAAUCUGUUUUGACGUAGAACAGAAAACAUACCUGGAAUUGCCUUCCCAAUUUCAGGACUUAAUUCAGAAACUGUUUUGCCUGGCAGAGAAGGAUGGGGGGGCACCUGACUUUCAUGGCUGCUUAUCUUCCCGCAUGAACAUGGUGGGAUGGGGGAGGGAGGGGGAGAAGGGAGGGGAAGGUUGUUUGUUUGUUUGUUUCCAAAAAUUUAAAGAUUUUUUUUUAAAGUUAUUUGAAAGAGAUUUUAUUUGAACUGUGAAAAAGCAUUUUCCAGUGCUUUCUUAAGGGUCGGAAGCCCUCUAUGUGGGUAAGAACCAAUCUGUGUAAUGUAGCAAUUGUGGGCUGACAGAAUGGGAUCUGUGGGGGACUUCACACGCUUGCAGCUGACAUGAAGACUAACUACGACACUUUUUGCUUUAUUCAAUGUUCUCUCCCUGGCUCCCAGUAUCUACUAGGACGGGGAGUUCUUUGCUCUCUCCUGGGCAUUAUAUUUCUAAAUCUAAAUGUACCUAUUCUUAGGCCCUGCACGCAGAGCAGAGGAUCACACCAAGUAAUCACGUUUUAUUUUGGAAUAAUCCAAAGGGAUGUUUGCCAGACAUUAUCCUGGGGAGAGACUGUCAAGAGGUGCCUGACAGGACAUGUUGGAAGAUUAAUGGAAAGAUAUAUCAAGUUCUGAUUGUACAUUUGCGUUGAGUCACACUACUCAUCUCACUUUAUGAUGAAUGGUGAAUGUAGCAAAUUUUUAUAUAUGGGUGUGGGUUGCGGUAAACAUGUAAAGGUUGUAAUUUUUCUACAUCUGUUUUAUAUAAAACAUUUUUAGUAAAUA